ACAUUUCUCAUCCACAAAUCCUCAUCCUUAUUCUGCUUUUCGCUAUCAUUUUCUCCUUUGACUUCUCCAUUAAUGCUACUUUUCAUUGUACUGGAGCUAUGUAAUUACGAUCUAUGUCGUUGUUUCCAAUUCCAAGUUCAUUUACAGCUUUACACUUCUAGAUUGGGCCUUUCGUAGGAUGCGAACCAGCAACAGGAUCUUCUGACUGGGAAGACUGCAAAAUAUAGAUGGCAGAACUCGUGGCCUUUCCAUCAAGUUCUAGGCUGCUGGUCAAAGGAAAUUUCUCAGAGCAGCUCUCUGUGUCUAAAAGCUUAGCUAUGUUGAUACACAGGGGAUUUUGCUUUGGAAAUUGUGGAGUAUCUCGCUUGCCUUCAUCAAAUAUAUCAAAGCUCAUUACUCCUAGCUUAACAAAACUGGAGAGCAGACCAAACAUGCAUAGUUGGAAGAGGGGUUUUAGCGUCGCUUCUCUUGUUAAUGCUGAUGCAGCAAUAACUUCUGAAUUGGUUCCUGCCAUUGAUCAAAUGCUUCUGAUGACUAGUAUUUUUCUUACAUAUCUAGCUGGUGUAAUACCUUCAAAUACUAGAGAACAGAUCCAAAGCAAAAAUGUGGACAGUGAUGGGACUUCCUCUUAUGGUAGGAGAAAGGACAAUGACAUUAACACAAAAUUUGCCUGGGAUGUAGUGAAAGGAAAACUCCUGAGUUCUCUGUCUUCUGCAAAAGAAGAAUUGGACUUUGGUGCUGCACCUGUUGAAUUCGAACAAAACCGUAGAAGACAGCCUUCAAAUUUAUAUGCUCUUGCCGAGGGUCCAAGGUUGAGGUUACUUUGGGCAUCUUUUCAGUUACUCAAGAAAGAGGUUGAUUGUAUUUCCGCGAAUGCUGCUACCUUAAGCAAGGGAAAUUUCUUGGCCAUUUAUAAUGAUGUCAUUAAGAACUCAUGUCAGCCUUUAUGUGUAACUUGGCUGGAAGAGGAACUGCUUCUAAAAAGUAACAAAACCAACAAGGAAUGUCUCUCCAUUGUGAUUGAUAAGUUAGAUGGACAUGGUAAUGUCCUGAUGAAUAUAAAAAAGUCAGGGAAGGAGGAUCUGUAUGCAGAACUGAUUUGUUUUCUUAGAUUUGGUUUUAUCAGGAAGGAUGACCUUUAUGAUAACAGCUUGUUUAUGGAGCAUGGGGUCUCUAUACUGGAGGAUCUGGUGAUUAUGUUGGCAGAUGGGAUUGCAAGUAUGUAUUUGGGCCUUAUUUCUGUUGAUAGUAGCAUGUCAAAUGAAAUGAACAACCUUGGUUUGAGUUUAUGUACAAUGUCAACCAGAGCACUUCAGAAGUUACGCAACGAGGUUGCUCUCAAUCAGUGGUUGCAUCAGAACAUGGAAGUAGUUGUCUCCAUGUAUGAAGAUCGGUUUGACUUGUGCACAUUUCAAUACCAACUUGUUGAGGAAUCUAGCAAGGACAAGGAUCAAACUAUUAAUUGGUGGAAGAAGCUUAAUGUAAUAAGUUCUAGACCAGUGUCACGUCAAUUGAAUGUUCUUGUGAUCGACCAUAUAUCUGUGCCUGUUAAGCGGACCAAGGAACUAAGGGCUUUGACUGGGUGGAGAUACUACUACAGUCUUUUCCUUGAAUUGGCUGAUAUUGCAAUGCCAUUGAUGAGAACUGUUAUCGCUAAGGUGAGUGAUGCAAUCUCAUUCUUUCUGGUUUGUUUGAUAGGGAGAUCAUUGGGGCUUAUUUACACUGGGAUAAGACAAUCCCUGCGGUGGAAGAACUAGGCACUGGCCAGUCUCCUUUUUGUGUUUGCUACAAAAUUUUCCCGAUGCAUUAUCUUAAACAUGUAUUGACAAAGAAUACAGUAUUACUGAGAUCUGUAGCUGGGAUUCUUCAGUUUUUUUCUCAAUAGUUGAAGGGAAGUCCUACAAGGUACUGUUCUAUCUCU